AGGACCUUAACUAUGAUGUACAAAAGGAUAACGUGGACCAAAGAUUCCUUAGCAUCUUCCGUAAGGGCAAGAAGAAGACAAUUGUUCGAAAUAUGGGGCAAAUGAUUCACUAUUCCAAGGUCAAGUUCCGCUUCCAGCAUAAUCAGGAUAUCAGUGACUGUUACUUGGAAUUGUUUCAGUCCCACCUGUACUUCCAGUCUCGUGGUCCUACCGGUUUGACAUAUCAGGGUUUGGUGCCACUGAAGGAGUUGAGCGUUUAUAAAUUAGAGCGCUCUAAGGUUCCACCCAAGCUGGAGGAAGAGCAUGCUUUCCGAAUCACAGGUCCCUUGCUCAAUCCUCUAAUUGUCUAUUGUGCAACCCCGCAAGAGUUGCAGAAAUGGCUUUACCACUUAGAAAAACAGAUCCAACUCAAUGGAGGAAACCUGGACUUGUUGCCUGUUACAGAGGUAAACAAUGGUAAUAUGUGGGAGAAGUCUGAGCUUAGGAGGUCUGUACAGAACCAGCCAGUGCUCGACUGGCAAGGAACACAGAGGGAAUCCCUUGGUGCCAUCACCUGUAUCUCCAAAGUGAAGCUUCAGACACUUCCGUUCCAGGAGCUGAACGAGAGGAUGUUGGUCCUGUACCCUUCUACUCUCGUGAUACUUUCAGAAGAGGGAAAAAACCUUUGCUUUAAGGGAGAACUGCCGCUUAAAGCCAUACGGGUAAUUGCAGAUGAGAAAGAAAAACGGAAGUCUUCUUUCUUAUUAGAAGGAAGGUACAUCAACACCAUCCGGGUGAUCUGCUACAAUCAGCAGGAUUAUGAUGAGUGGAUAGAACAUUUGAAACGUGCUCAGCAACAAAACCGAGACUCGUCGUUGUCUGGCUCCAGCAGUUUCUGUGGCUCACAUUCUGCACAUCAUGAACAGGUGACUGCAAGCUGCAGGAGCUCAUUCACAUCAGACGGUCGUACCAAAUCCUGGGCGUCUUCAGUGAAGCUGCCCAGCUCUAACCACCAAUCAACCAACACUAUUCAAGGCUCUGAGCAGCAGUCCUACACAAUACUGGGUGAACAAACCUUACAGGAGGAUCCACUAUCACCUGGAUAUUCACAGCCAGUCCAUUGUUUGGUGAAUCCUAAUUGGCCCAGUGGACAAAAUGGACCGAGUGAUCUUCAGAGAGGUGGAAGCAUCCGCGAGUCUAAAGGAAAAAGGAAUCUUUGCGUUCAGAUUCCGUCCGUAAUGCCCCAGAGUUACGAUUUGGAAAACACUCCCUUUGUGCAUAUCCCGGAGACCCCUAGUGAAGAUAUUCUAUCCCCCUUAUAUAAAGAGCCAUAUUCAUAUGAAAAAUCCAAAGGGCACUCCUCUGUUACACCACAGCAGCUGUUAAGCAGAAUGACUAGUCUGACAGACAGUCAGAAGACUCUCUCUCCACCUGAUUCUCAGACUUUGUCAAUGUCUCCAUUGUAUGCUGAACCAUACACCCCAACUGGGACAUCAAGCAACAGGCUUGUGGAUGAGAUUUUACAAAAUCUGACUUCAAACCGCAAUGAGAGCCAUGUCUCCGACCUGAAGAUAAACAGAUCAUUCCAUGGGAUAAGCAGCCCACACCUAGCCCUGCACAAGAAGUAUUCCCACCCAGUGACCGGGAGCCAGAAGUUAGUUAGGCCCAUGGUGCACCGGAACAGUGAGCCAGACACUUCUAUUGACUCAAGGCUCAUACCCACAAAACAGACCCAUACUCCCUUCUUCAAAAGUAUAUCCUCAGUCAAGGAAGAAAUUGCUUUAUCUCACCACAGCAAAGAAGUUGAAGAUAUGUUUGACCUGCCCUCUGAAAAGUCUGAAACCGGACAGUUUGGAACACGACUAUGCAGAGUUACAAAGCUUUCAGAGUGACUUCAGCUAUGACAACAUUUGGGAAUAUGAAGCCAAGGACAAAGAUCUUAAUUGGUUCUCUCCACCUCCUUACCCAGGACAUGCUUACCAUGGUGUCCAUCAUGGAAAGGCUGUAGCUAGCCGGUGGUUGUAA